AUGGGGCUUGCGGUUGUCCUUAAGGUAAGGCAAUAUCUUAUGGCUAACGAAAUCCGAAAAAAACUUCAGAACUGAUUUCGUUAGCUUUCGCAAGACUCAACAGAGAGACGAAACAAAGUUCUCGAAACUUUUGUUGAACUUCGGGAUGCUCUUACUCGAGCAGACCCCAGAAGAACAAGUUUUCGUGGUCAUACAGAGAUCCGAGAAUGUACGGGCAGUUUGUAUCAGGUUGUUGUAGAAUCAAUCGAGGACAUGAUAGUGCUAACGUCCAAGGACAAAAUGACAUGUAAGAUAUAAUAAAUAUUGCUCUUAGUGCCCAGAGAAAAUAAUUGAUCAGAAACAAGGGCGCAAUUGUAUUUCAAAAUUCAAAAGCAAGAAAACGCUUCCUGAUACAGACGCCAUUCUACAAAAGGUAGCAGACCAUACCAAGGCAUUUGAACGCGCCGUUGGAUGGGCUCGGGACCAGAUAAUUGAAGAAACCGGAAAUACUGCUCAGUACACCGCGUUCAGGACAACACUAACACAUAUGGACGUGAAAGCCAUAAAGAAAGAUACCGGCCUUCUCGUAACAGGAAUCCAGAGAUACGGUACAAAACUCGAAAGUGUUGGUGACGAGGUUGGCGAGGUGAGGAUUGGUGUGGAACAGCUGACCACAGAAAUGAAGAGGAAAGAGCAAAAAUCUGAAAACCAUGGCACAAUUCUUAACCAAAUUCUUCAGGCCGUAAAGACCUAGAAGAGCAUCGCUGUGCAGGAGAGAGAAAAGGCCUUGGAGGCUAACUCGCUUGAUAACAGAAAUUUGCUCUUUCAGUUUCUCCUCGAGUCUAAAAGUAAGUCGAGAGAGUCUGGUCGGGUGGCUUAACAUGGUUAGACCAAUUGGCUAACAAUCAUCAACCACAGGAAUGAGUGCUCUGAUGGAAAGCUUAGAAGACCAACUUCAGCGAACCACAAGCCAUAUGUGGGGAAUAAAGAUCAGCCCAGAAAGAUUCUGCCAAAUUCUUGGAGAACCUAAUUCUUCUCUUGAUGAGCCACCAGAUUUGGAGACCAACUUGCAACAUGCAAAUAAAGACUUGGCUUGGGUUCUCGUGCAAAGAGAAAGGUUCAAAGCGACUGACCAAAGCCAGGCCCAGUCGUUGGUUCGACACAGUCGAUUUCUGGAAUGGAUGAAGGCUCGCGAAUCGGACCUAAUCUUUGUUGACGCGAACAUCAGUGCUACUGGAAUGGAAAAGAUAUCAGCGGUUUCACUAUUCUCUGCAACCUUUGUCACUAGCUUACUCGAAAUACAACCCGAAGAUGUGGUAACUCAUUUUUUUUGCGGACUACACCUGACUCCCCGGGUAUGGACCGAAUGGCUUGAUCCGAUCUCUGAGCAUGCAGCUAUUCAUAAAACUAGUCGAACUAGAUAUCAUAGAUCUAGACUUCGUCAACGACAGAGAGUACUUCGAGUCCCUCGAAGAGCACGAUUUGAGCAGUCUCUGCGAAACACUCACCUCGCUUAUUUCACAGUUUCCGCCGGAGACAACAAUCUUCUGUAUCGUGGACUCCCUCUCAUGUUUCGACAAGGACAAGACAUUCGAGGAUUUGCAAGUUGCUAUUACAUGGCUUCAGAACAUCGUUGAGGAUGGGUCAAUGGCUCCAAUCUUUAAGGUCCUGUUGAUGACCCCGCUACAUAGCAGUAGGCGAUUGAGGAUGCUUUCAGCAUUCAAGAAUGAUCCCUCACGGCAUGUCAGUUUAUCCUCGCUUAACUUGAUUCCUAACGCAAUAUCAAAUCGAUCACUUGAGACUUGUCUCUUACAAUCAACACCUUCCGCGCCUCCGAUAUAA